UAGCCACAUGUCAAGUACUUAAUAGCUGCAUGUGGCUAGUGGCCAUCAUAUUGGAUGAUGGAUCUAGACUUCUAUUUCCAGCAGCCCCGACAUCUAUAGGUCCCUCAGAGACAGUAUAUCUAAAGCACAUGGAAUAUUCAAAGGAGGUGCCAUCUUAAUGUGGCUUUAGAAUAUUGAUUUUUCAGAAUCUGAGAUGAGGUAUUCCAAGGAGAGGGAAUAACACAACGCAAAACCACAGAAGCAUUAGAAAACAAGGCAUGCAGGGAGCAGUAUGUUGUUUGGUUUGAAUUGUUUGACAAAGUGACUGCCUACAUUAAAACCUUGACUCCCUCCAUGCAGGCUGUGUAUUUUGGACAAGCCAGUCAGGUUCUCUAGGACUUGGCUAACAAUCCAUCAAAUGGGGAGAAUUAGAGCACCUAACGCAUAAGUUGGUGUAAGGGUUAAAGGAGGUGAUAGAUAUAACUUGCUUACAAAUGUCUAGCAUACAACAAACACUCAAUAAAUGGUUGUUAGUGUUUAGUUGUAAUAACAUUGCUGAACAUAGAGCACACUGGAGCAGACAUGAAACUGGGAAGCAGAAGAGAGAAAAUUAUACAGGGUCUUAAAUUGUGGCCUACUGAGUUUGGACUUUAUCCUAGAAAUGGAGGGAAGCCAGUAAAUGUUUGAACAAGGGGCAGACAUGAUCAAAUUUUUCUGUUAGAAAGGUCACGCUGGCUGCAAGUAGGAGGGUGGGUAAGAUCUGGAUAGAAUGCAGGCAGAGCUGGUUGGGUGUGGAGGAUGAGGGUGAGGAAGCUCAAAUUUGGACAGCUGGAAUGGGGAACAUAGGAUGAGGAUCACAUUUUCUGAGAGAUGGUGUUUGGCCUUGGCUCUGUGGCACAUAUGGUUCUAGGAAAUAGAUUUGGGAGCUACCUCGGUGUCAACUUGGGUUUUGGCUUUGGAGUCACCAUGGGAGUGCACGUGGCAGGGAACAUCUCUGGGGCCCACAUGAAUGCAGCCGUGACCUUCACCAACUGUGCACUAGGCCGCAUGUCCUGGAAGAAGUUUCCUGUUUACAUCCUGGGUCAGUUUCUGGGUUCCUUCCUGGCUGCUGCCACCAUCUACCUCCUCUUCUACUCAGCCAUUAUCGAAUUUUCGGGCGGACAUCUGGCAGUGACUGGUCCCACAGCCACCGCUAACAUUUUUGCCACCUACCUUCCUGACCGCUUGACGUUGUGGAUGGGCUUCCUGGAUGAGGUGAUAGUGACAGGGAUACUCCAGCUAUGUCUCUUCGCCAUCACGGACAAGGAGAACAACCCAGCACUACAAGGGACACAGGCCCUGGUGAUUGGCGUCCUCAUUAUUGUCAUUGGAGUGUCCUUGGGCAUGAACACAGGCUAUGCCAUGAACCCAUCCCGGGACCUGCCUCCCCGCUUCUUCACUUACAUUGCUGGCUGGGGUAUACAGGUCUUCAGGGUCCGGGACUGGUGGUGGGUGCCGGUGGUGGCACCGCUCCUAGGUGCCUACUUAGGUGGCAUCAUCUACUUGGUCUUCAUUGGCUCCAGCAUCACACAGAGGCCCCAGACAUUGGAGAACUCCAUGGUGUAUGAAGACCGCAGAAUACCCGUGCUGCCCAAGACCAUGCAAAUCCCAUCCAUGACCUCUUCCCUCACCCCUGUCUCUGUGUCUCCCGCCAACAGACCCUUAGCCCAGACUGUCCCACCCUUAAGUGACCCCAUCCACCUAGAGCACUUCUAAGUGCUUACUUCUAAGUAAGAUUAUUUGUGACCCUAUCCCCCCACUCCAAUAAAGAAAGCCUUGUCCAACACAGUGGCACCCUCA